UCCAAUUGUGCAAAAGAACCAGACAAUAUCAAAGGCUCCCUUCAAGCCACGAGGCACUUCGCCCAUUUCUACCCUUUCUUUCUUCCUAAAGUGCAUAGAAGUUGGCCGAGGGCAGUUUCUACAUAAUCUUAUUCUUGCACUUCGACGUUCUCUACCCAAUUGAUACGCCGACCAUUUUCUUCCUCUUCCAAAUGCCAAUGGGUCUUUUGAGUCUCGAGCCCUUAUGAAGACGCCUCAGGAUCCUGGCGCAGUCCAUACUCGAUCUCUCUCCUACCUGGUGUAGUCAGAGUGGCCAUCGGGAUCAUCUUGCAACAUGGACGCCUCCCAGAAAAUUGAAUUUUAUGCUACGAGGCUUUCAGAUCCAAAGACAGACACGAAAGUAAAGGCCAAUGUAGCCACUGAUCUACGCGAUUCCAUCGAGACUUUGUGCUCUCCUCCAGCGGUUUUCACGAAGUUCCUGUCCAAACUUUGGCCUGUGUUCAAGAAGAUACUCGAAGGCAAGCCAGACUUCAACCCUACCUCCUUUGAACACAUCCUACGGAACCAGAUCCUUGAGAUCCUCCAUAGACUCCAGCAUGGCCCGCCUGAAGUUGAACCUUAUGCGCUGGACAUGGUUGAUACAUUGAUGGAACUGGUGCGGGUUGAGAAUGAGGACAACGCAGUUCUGUGUUUGAAGACAAUCAUGGAUCUAGAGCGUCACCAGCAGCAAGCGACAGUCUCUAAAGUUCAACCAUUUCUGGAUCUGAUUCAAGAGAUGUUUGAGAUGAUGGAUCAGGUUGUUCGUGACACCUUCGACUCACCGCCGCCUCAUUCCCAGGGUUCCUCCUCUACGCCCAAUCCCCCCGGCCAGAACCUACAGUCCCCAAGACCUGGGUCUCCAGCGACCACUGUGUCAGAUCCAGGCACUGAAAAAAGAGAACAUCAUCCAUUGGCGAAGGGCAUGCAUUCUUUCAAAGUCCUCUCGGAGUGUCCCAUUAUCGUGGUUUCGAUAUUCCAAGCCCACCGAAAUUCAGUUCCAGCCAAUGUCAAAAAAUUCGUCCCAUCUAUAAAGGGAAUUCUUCUACUACAGGCGAAACCACAGGAAAGAGCACAUGCUGAAGCUGCGGCAAACAAGACCAUAUUCACAGGAGUUUGCAAGGAGAUCAAGAAUAGAGCUGCGUAUGGGGACUUCAUCACGGCGCAGGUCAAAACUAUGAGUUUCCUGGCAUACCUCUUGAGAGUCUACGCGAAUCAAUUGACGGAUUUCCUACCCUCCCUCCCCGCCAUCGUGGUUCGCCUGCUUAAGGAUUGCCCGCGUGAGAAGUCCGGAGCCCGGAAGGAAUUACUUGUUGCGAUACGUCACAUCAUCAACUUCAACUAUCGCAAGGUCUUCUUGAACAAGAUAGACGAGCUGCUGGAUGAACGUAUUCUGAUUGGCACCGGUCUAACAGUGUACGAAACUAUGCGACCUUUAGCAUACAGUAUGCUUGCCGACCUUAUUCACCAUGUCCGGGAUUCGCUCGAUCGCAAUCAGAUCCGCAAAACGAUUGAGGUCUACACGAAGAACCUUCAUGACAACUUCCCUGGCACGAGCUUUCAGACUAUGAGCGCCAAGUUGCUUCUCAACAUGGCUGAGAGCAUCACUAAAUUGGACAACAAGGAAGAUGCGCGCUAUUUCCUCAUAAUGAUCCUUGAUGCCAUAGGCGACAAGUUUGCGGCGAUGAACUAUCAGUAUAACAAUGCUGUCAAGUUGAGCAAGCAAUACAUCGAGAAAUCAAAGGACAUACAGCCAGAAAUGUAUAUGGAUGACAAAAACGAAGUGCCAGACUGGGACGAGGUAGACAUUUUCUACGCUGCGCCCAUCAAAACAUCCAACCCACGUGAUCGUGGCGCUGAACCCGUUGUCGACAACAAGUUCUUGUUCAAGAACCUUGUUAAUGGGCUCAAGAACAUGUUCUACCAAUUGAAGACUUGUAAUCCUCCUGGGCUCAAUGUCGACGCAGCGAGCAUUCCCAUGAACUGGGCCGAAGUUUCUUUUGGCUACAAUGCUGAGGAGACACGCGUGAUCACGAAGCUUUUUCACGAGGGUGCUCGAGUCUUUCGUUACUACAGUGCCGAAGCCCCAACGCCUGAUCUACAGUACUCUUCCCCUGUCGACUUCAUGGCGAGUCAUUCCAUGGCUCAAAUGACUCGUGAGGAAAAGGAAUUGUUGGAGAGCUUCGGUACUGUGUUUCAUUGUAUUGACCCUGCGACAUUCCACGAGGUGUUCCAAGCUGAAAUCCCGUAUUUACACGAUCUGAUGUUCGAACAUACUGCAUUACUUCACCUACCCCAAUUUUUCCUGGCCAGCGAAGCAACUUCUCCCGCAUUUGCCGGGAUGGUUUUGCAGUACCUCAUGGACAAACUUCCCGAGGUCGGAUCUUCCGAUAUAGUCCGCUCGUCGAUACUGUUGCGAAUGUUCAAGUUAUCCUUCAUGGCAGUCACGCUCUUUUCGACGCAUAAUGAGCAAGUCCUCUUGCCUCAUAUCACUAAGAUCAUCACACAAUGUGUACAGCUGAGCGUGACAGCUGAAAAGCCGAUUCAUUACUUUAUCCUGUUGCGUUCCCUCUUCAGGAGCAUUGGUGGUGGUCGAUUUGAACUUCUGUACAAGGAGAUUCUUCCCUUGCUAGAAAUGCUGUUGGAAACAUUCAAUCACCUGCUGCAGGGUGCAAGAGAUCCUCAUGAUAGGGAUUUAUACGUCGAGCUUACGCUUACUGUGCCCGCGAGACUCAGUCACCUGUUACCGCAUCUCAAUCACCUAAUGAGACCUCUUGUGGUUGCACUUCGGGCGGGUCCCGAUCUUGUUGGCCAAGGUUUACGCACACUGGAGCUCUGUGUUGAUAAUCUCACCGCAGAUUACCUUGAUCCCAUCAUGGCGCCAAUCAUGGAUGAACUGAUGGCGGCUUUGUUUGAGCACCUUCAGCCACAACCCUAUCAGCACUUCCAUUCUCAUACUACCAUGAGAAUACUUGGAAAACUUGGUGGCCGAAACAGGAAGUUUCUUAACCAUCCUCAUGAGCUUGCUUACAAACGGUAUACCGACGACGACCCUAGUUUCGAUAUCAGACUUAUUGAGACCAGCCGUGAUCGCGCCUUUCCCCUCGAAACUGGGGUCGAUCUCGCAAUCCGAAGACUCAGCGAGACCGCCAAGAAUCCCUCAAAGAAAUCUCUGGAUCUUUAUUACAAGCAGCAAUCGUUCAAGCUAAUCAGCAAUCAGGUCAAGCUCUUGAUUGGAUUUGACAACCUUCCUGAUGAUUUUGCAGCCUUGCUUCGUCUUGAAGCCAAUGAUCUUGUCUCUCGACGCUUCUCUACCUACACUCACAUGCUGACUCACAAUGACCUUGGCAAAUCAGUCCAUAAACGUCGAGAACAGGAAGAAAGCCUGAAGAAAUUGCUGAAGGCUUGUUUCGCUGCUACCACCAUACCCGACUUGAAAUCUCAAGCUGACUCUUUCAUCACUAAUGUGUCUCGUCACUUCACAAUCGUCGAAUUAGGACAAUCCUUGUGUGAUGCAGGUCGAAAGAUGAAAGAGUUCGAUGUCAAUUCAGGGGAAGGGGCGGUACAUCUCAGCACUCGAACACUGGCUGAUGUGAUAUGCCACUGUCUGGCAUCGGACAACGUCACUAUCCGGGAAGCUGCAGAGACGUCUCUGCUUGCAGUUGUCGACACUGCUCGAACCAUAUUUGGUAGUGAAGAGAGGGCUGCUAGAUUGCCAUUCUUCUCGCAUCUAAUUUCGACCUUCUGUCACAGAUGUCGUGAGGUCGAAUGGUUCACCAAGGCCGGUGCGACUCUCGGCAUCCAGCUGGUGAUCACCAAAUUGGCACUAGGCAAUGCCUUUUUACACAGCAAGCAGCUUGAGAUUAUCAGGGCUCUCUUGUUUGUCAUCAAAGAUACUCCACAGGAAUUUCCCGCCAGUACUCGCAUCAUGGCCCAAGAAACGCUCGAGUUCAUUCUGCGCAAAGUCUGCGUUGGACAGACCCGAGAAAUGUUGGUCAAUGAGAAGAGCACGAUCCAUGCACUUUCUGUGACGUUCAGUGUUGAACUUUCGCACAUGAAUAAGCAUGCCCGAGAAACCGCACAACGCGCUUUCUCGACCAUGGCCGAAGUGGUAGGCGUGGACGUCCACGAGUUGAUCGCUCCGGUCAAAGAAAGACUUCUGCAACCCAUAUUCAACAAGCCGCUUAGAGCGCUGCCGUUCUUGUCACAAACUGGGUUCAUCGAUGCGAUAACCUACUGCCUCGGGCUCGGACACGAUUUUGUCCCCUUGAACGAUCAGUUGAACCGUCUGAUGAUGGAGUCUUUGGCCCUUGCGGAUGCUGAUGCCGAAAUCCUACAUCCUAAACCUGAUGAGUACAACAAUGCCCAGCUUAUUGUCAAUCUCCGGGUUUCGUGUCUCAAACUCCUGUCAUUGGCCAUGAGUUUGCCGGACUUUGCUACCGGGCCACAGAACACGAGUCGAGCUAGAAUCAUCACUGUGUUCUUCAAACUGCUCUACUCGAAAUCCCCCGAAAUCAUCGAUGCUGCCAACGCGGGACUGGAGAAGGUCCUAGUUCAGACCGCCAAAUUGCCAAAAGAUCUUUUGCAGAAUGGUUUGAGACCGAUUCUGAUGAAUUUGCAAGAUUCAAAGCGACUUACUGUUGCCGGCCUCGAAGGUCUCGCUCGCUUGUUAACCUUGUUGACGAACUACUUCAAAGUCGAAAUAGGUGCACGACUCCUCGAACACAUGAAAGUCAUCGCCGAAGAGCAGCUCCUCCAAAAGGUCUCAUUUGGUCUAAUUGAGCAGAAUCCACAGAUGAAGAUUGUGACUGCGAUUUUCAACAUCUUUCAUCUUCUCCCUUCGGCUGCUACGAGCUUUAUGGCAGAUCUCGUGGACAGCGUUUUAGAUUUAGAGUCAAAGCUGCGCCGCACAGUGGCCAGUCCGUUUCGCCAGCCUCUUAUUCUUUACCUGGACAAGUAUCCCCAAGAGACAUGGGCCUUCUUUCAAUCACGCUUACAGGAAGAGAAAUAUGGAAGAUUUUUCGGGCAGAUACUUGCCUCCGACUUGAGUGCGAAUCUACGCAAAUUCGUCAUGAACGAAUCCGAAGCCUUGGUCAAGGCCGCCUUCGAGGCAGAAGAAGGCCAGGACGGAGAUACCGCAGCAAUCAAUGGUAUCUAUGUCAUCCAUUCAAUCUGCUCUUCUGAUGCUGCUAAAGACUGGUUGAGCGAACAGCCACAGCUUCGCGCAAAGGUGCUAUCCGCAGGCCAAGAGCUAGAGGGUCGACUACGUGCGGACACUUUGCAACCUCAACAGCGACUGCGAGUUGAACAAACAGGUGACCGGGUAAUGGACAUUCUGACUUCUUAUCUUUCAUCCGCGCCGGAAGAUCUCGACUUCAUGAUGGAGUUCUUCUCUGCGUCAGCACAAGGAGAAAUCAAGACCCCACUCAAAUUAUCGCAAUAUCUAUUCAACUCCAUCAUCACUGAUGACUCGACCCAGCGACGGUUUAACAUCAUUGAAAGAUGCCUCGAAAUUUACGCACAGAAAGCAGGAUCGCAGAAAGUCAAAACAUUCCUCCUGCACAACGUGGUCAACCCAAUAAUGGCACGAGACAUUCAGAAUACUCGGCGUGAGAACAAUCAAGCCGGCAGCAUCAGCGACACGAAACUGUUCAACUUGUUCCUGGAGCGUUUGUGGAAGCCUGCAGCUUCCGAAGUAGGCGACGAUUCAUCACAGCCGGGCAUUGAUCACUCUCGGAUGGAAGCACUACAACUUUCUUCUUUCGUUCUGAAGUAUCACAAAGACGAAGUAUCUGAAGAUCGUAAGGAUAUCAUCAAAUACUCGUGGGGUCACAUUAAACUGGAAGACGUCAUCAACAAAUAUGCUGCAUACGUGCUCAUUUGCUAUUUUAUUCGAUCCUACGACACGCCUCAAAGAGUUGCUGUACAAAUCUACAACCAACUGCUAAAAGCCCACCAGAACGAAGGCAAAACCUUGGUAACACAAGCACUGGAAGUUCUCGCUCCAGUCUUACCUGCCAGGAUGGGAGCCAACGCGCCUGGUGACAAGAGAUCUCCCCAUUGGGCCCGUCUACCACGGAAGAUCUUGAACGAGGAAACCGGCAACCUUCAGCAAGUUCAGAGCAUCUUCAACUUUAUCGUCCGCCAACCCGACCUCUUUUAUGAAUCACGAGAAUUCUUCAUCCCCACUAUCGUUCAAAUGUUGCACAAGAUCGCUCCACCUCCUAACCCAUCAAAUGAGAACAAAAAGCUCGCGUUGUCCCUUAUUGGCUUGAUACAGCAGUGGGAGUCGAGGCGAGUUUCUGCGGGAUCUCCGUUGCAGUCCACCGCUGAGCUUACACCCUCACGGAAGCGAGACUCUUCAGGCACUCCCGUUCUAGCACCUCCAUCGACGAAGGAAAGGACUGAGUAUCUGAUUCCAAUAGAGCAUCGCACUCUUGUUGUGAAAUACAUGAUUACCUUCAUCACAUCCUUACCCGAACGAUAUCCUGUUCCGGCGUCCGAACUUAAGGCUAAAUCAAUGCAAAAAGCUCAACAACAGCCUCUGCCGAACGAGAUGUGCAAGAAAGCUGUGCAGCUGCUCCGAGAUCUCCUGGCUCCGAAUCUUUGGGCCGAUGUCGAUGUCGGCCUUUACGAAAAGCUUCUUGAUCCACUCCUGAGCAGCGAAAAGGCGGACAAAGCAGAUGAAAAGCAAUUGACAUGCAUGAUCAACGCGUUACAGGUCAUGCGUAUCUUAGUGAGCACCAAGACAGACGAAUGGAUCGUCGACCACAUGGAAAAAGUCCAAAAACUGUUAGAAAAGCCUCUGAAAAUGGAUGACCCAGAGGUUCAGGAUUGCUUACAUUUUGUCACCGACGACGACAAAACCCCUCCCUUGGUUCGUCGAGUUCUUGAGGCCAUCCCCACACAGCGAAGCGAUGACGAAGACGCCAUGGAGCUGGAUUCAACCCCAACAGAUUUCCCUACACGUUAUUCGAAGGUGCUUAUUGGGGAAGGUCUCUCGUCUGGCAAUUACACAUCGGCCAUCAACAAUUUAUGGACCCUCUCCGUGGUGCGGCCUGCUGAGGUUGAUGAUCAUAUCCCUGGUGCUAUGAAAGCACUGCAACAAAAGCUUGCCAAGGAUCAUAUCAAUGCCUACAUCAUACCACCAGGACCUCCGCCGCCGGGCUGGCGCAUGGGUGAACCGCUCAUGGAUCCUUACGAAUUCGCCCUUGGCGUGGACUUGAUCAAGAAGACCAUCGAUAUCCUCUCCUCCCGCAUGGGGGACCUCAAUGAACAGAGACGGCCUUUUUUGAGCGUGCUUGCUUCGCUUGUUGAGAAAUCCUUCAACGUUGAAAUGUGUGGUAAGGUCCUGGAUAUGGUUGAAAAAUGGGUGUUCAACUCGACGGAACCGUGGCCAACAUUGAAGGAAAAGACUGCGGUGCUCCACAAGAUGCUUAUCUUUGAGAAGUGGCAGAAUCAGACCCUUCUUGAACGCUUCCUGGAACUGGUGAUCAAGAUUUAUGAAGAUCCCACAGUGACCAGAACAGAAUUGACUGUUCGUUUGGAGCAUGCCUUCCUAAUUGGAACACGAGCAACAGAUGUGGAUAUGCGCAACCGAUUCAUGAAUAUCUUCAACCGGGCUUUGUCAAAGACGGCCAGUUAUCGGUUGAACUAUGUCUUGACUCUGCAAAAUUGGGACACAUUAGCAGACUCAUUCUGGUUGAAGCAGGCUUCACAUCUCAUCAUGGGCUCUGUGGAAAUGUCGAUGCCUGCGCGACUUCAUCCCGAGGAUGUUCGCGUGUGCCCAAUGUCAAGUCUAUUCAUGCCUGGCCUUGUAAAUCCAGAACAAGGCAAAGACGAUCUCCUGAUUGAGGAUAGUCUAGAAGCUCUCGUUGUGGCGCAACGUCGUUUCAACCAGGACAUUCAAGAAGUUAAAGUACGUGAUCUCCUUGACCCGAUCACCCAGCUUCAGCACACAGAUGACAGUAUGGCUUAUGACGUCUGGGUCAAACUCUUCCCGCUGUGCUGGUCGGCACUAAGCAGAGACGAGCGCCUCGACCUAGAGAAGGGCAUGGUUACGCUUCUUACUAGGGAGCACCACCAAAGACAGCUCAAUCUACGUCCCAAUGUGGUGCAGGCGCUGCUGGAAGGUGCCAUUCGAGCAAGGCCGCGCUUUAAGGUGCCACCGCACGUCCUCAAAUUCCUGGGCCGAACGUAUGAUGCUUGGUAUACUGCCCUCAUCUCAUUGGAAGAGUCGACCGUGGACCCUCUUAUUGAUACGCCCCAAGUUCGGGAGAGCAAUCUGGAUGCCUUGGUCGAGGUCUAUGCGGGCCUUCAAGAAGAUGACCUGUUCUAUGGUACUUGGCGACGUAGGUGCAAGUUCAUGGAGACCAACGCAGCCUUAUCUUACGAACAACAUGGAAUGUGGGAAAAGGCACAACAACUUUGGGAGGCUGCGCAGGUCAAAGCAAGAACCGGUGUUGUCCCGUUCUCCCAAGGCGAGUAUUACCUAUGGGAAGAUCAUUGGAUUAUCUGUGGGCAAAAACUGCAGCAAUGGGAUAUACUGGGAGAAUUUGCAAAGCACGAAAAUUUCGGCGACCUCCUCUUGGAAUCGGCCUGGAGAAAUUACGAAGCUUGGGCAGGAGACGAGAAUCGCAACCAGCUGGAUUCGAUGAUCAAGUCCGUCUCAGAUGCCCCAACUCCAAGACGUACAUUCUUCCAAGGCUUCAUGGCGUUGCUACGGUACAAUUCAAAGCAAGUCUCCCGCGCCGAGUUCCAGCAUGUUUGUGAUGAAGCCAUUCAAUUGUCCAUCCGGAAAUGGCACCAGCUCCCGAGACGACUUACAGGCGCCCACAUACCCAUACUCCAGAAUUUCCAGCAACUGGUUGAACUUCACGAUGCUAGUGUUAUCUGCGAUAGCUUGAUGUCUACGAACGAACGUAAUCUUGACAACAAGUCACAAGAAGUCAAACUCCUCCUGCAGGCGUGGAGAGACCGUUUACCAAAUAUCUGGGACGACAUCAACGCAUGGCAAGAUCUCGUCACCUGGCGCCAGCAUGUUUUUCAACUUGUGAAUUCGACAUAUCUCCCACUUUUGCCACAAGGCGGUAACAACGUCGGCAACAAUUCCUAUGCGUUCCGGGGAUACCACGAGACUGCCUGGAUUAUCAACAAGUUCGCACAUGUGGCACGAAAACACCAGAUGCCAGAAGUCUGUAUCAACCAGUUGGGAAAGAUCUACACUUUGCCCAACAUCGAAAUUCAGGAGGCGUUCCUCAAACUUCGGGAACAGGCAAAAUGUCAUUACCAGAACAAGAGCGAACUGAACAACGGUCUGGACGUUAUUAAUAACACUAACCUCAAUUAUUUUGGGGCACAACAGAAAGCCGAGUUCUACACGCUCAAAGGUAUGUUUCUGGCCAAGCUCCAACAUGCUGAAGAGGCGAAUGAGGCCUUUGGCGUAGCAUUGUAUUACGAUCUACGCCUGCCAAAGGCAUGGGCAGAAUGGGGUCAGUACUCGGAUCGCAAAUUCAAAGAAAAUCCUAGCCUCAUCGAAGCUGCGAGCAACGCUGUUAGUUGCUAUCUCGAAGCUGCCGGUCUUUACAAGAGUGCGAAGUCCCGCAAGAUGCUGAGUCGGGUCCUAUGGUUGCUGAGUCUCGAUGACGAAGAAGGGCACAUUGCUAAAGCAUUCGAAGACUUCAAGGGCGAGACUCCAGUCUGGUAUUGGACGACAUUUGUGCCUCAACUGCUUGGUAGUCUCGAGCAUAAGGAGGCGCGUCUUGCGAAAUCAGUCUUGGUGAAGAUUGCCAAGGCAUUCCCGCAAGCCCUUUUCUACAACUUGCGCGCGACCAGAGAGGAGUUCUUGACCAAGAAGAAACAAUUCGAGGCUCAGAAACGACAACAGAAAGCCAUACAAGACAAACUUGAGAAGUCUGAAAGUGGUUCCCGACCUGGCACUGCAAAUGGUGAAGCCACAACUCGAGGAUCAACCUCUCCAAAACCGAAGCAAGAACCUAAGCAGGAACCUAAUGGCGAGACUCAGGCCAAUGGGACCAACGUGAAUGGUGUAACCGAAGCCGAGACUAAAGAAGAGCCGAAGAAACCAUGGGACCAUACAGACGAGAUUAUGGCAGGCUUGAAGACCGCUUUCCCAUUGCUUGCUCUAUCAAUGGAAACCAUGACUGACCAACUAUCCAAGCACUUCAAGUGCCCACCGGACGAGGAUGCGCAUCGACUCAUUGUGGCACUGCUUAACGACGGUUUAGCCUACAUCAGCAGGGCUCCGAUCACUUACGCUGAAGGUGCCAAAUUGCCACCUUCCACGGAAGCAAACAUUGCCCGUUUUGUGACUUCUGUCCUUCCUGCUCACAUCCGCAAGUCGUUUGAAGCCGAUUUCGUGCAGACCAAGCCAACAAUGUACGAGUACAUCCACAAGCUGCGACGGUGGAGAGACAAAUUCGAACAGAAGCUCGACCAUCGUCAACAAUGGGCAGCGCUUGAGGCCUACAGUCAUCAUUUGAGCGAGUUCAAGUUUCUCAAAUUCGACGAUUCGGUCGAGGUGCCAGGUCAAUAUCAACAACACAAAGACAAGAACACCGACUUUGUCCGCAUCGAGCGCUUUAUGCCUACAGUUGAGCUUGUUCGAGGAAACAGCAUCUGCCAUCGGCGACUCACCAUUCGUGGCCAUGAUGGUUCGCUACAUCCGUUCGCUGUGCAGCACCCCACUGGUGGCAAGGUCCGACGAGAAGAACGCAUUGUCCAGCUCUUCCGUAUCUUUAACCAGACGCUGGCCAAGCGGAAGGAGUCUCGCCGGCGCAAUUUGUACUUCCACCUGCCAAUAUUUGUGCCUAUCGCGCCCUAUAUCCGGCUUGUUCAGGACGAUGCUUCAUAUGUGACCUUGCAGUCCGUCUAUGAGGACUUUGUUCGUCAAGCGCCAGGCAUGUCACGAGACGACCCGAUGUUGUUCCUCCUCGAAAAGUCACGCACGAUUGCCGAACAACAAAAGACUCAGCCACGCACUCACGAUCAAGUGGCAGUGAUGAAAACCGAGAUCUUCAACACCAUUCAAGAGCGUUGGGUGCCGAACACUAUUGCGCUGCGAUACUUCCAGGACAUUUACCCGAGUUUCGCGGACUUUUGGCUUUUCCGGCGACAAUUCGCAUAUCAAUUUGCCGCGACCACAUUCAUGACUUACAUUAUGCACAUGUCGGCACGGUACCCCAUGAAGUUCUCCAUCUCUCGCUCGACAGGCGACAUCUGGGCCAGCGACCUGCUCCCUAACCUGAACUCGGGACGAGCGUACUUUUACAAUCCUGAAGCCGUGCCAUUCAGACUUAGUCCCAACAUUCAAACACUCAUGGGUCCAUUGGCGGUCGAAGGCAUCUUCACCGCUUCACUCAUGGCAAUUGCGCGAUGUCUGGCAGAGCAGGAUCAAGGAUACGAAAUGGAACAGCAAUUGAGCAUCUUUGUCCGAGAUGAAAUGUACAAUUGGGCUGCCGGUCGGUCGCACAACUCGAAUGACGCCAAGAUGGAAGGGCAGCACCUUCGAGAACUCGUGGCACAGAAUGCCGAAUUCAUCGUGCGCCGGGCUCUUGCAUUGUCCAAGACGCAAGGAAGUGUAGGCGCUGCGAAUGGCGAAGGUAGUGGCGCUACAGGAGUCUUGCCUGCCUGCCAGAAUGUGGUGGACCUCGUGAGUCGAGCUACCGAUCCCAUGAAGCUCAGUUCUAUGGAUGGGUUGUGGAUGCCAUGGCUUUGAUUUUGGGCCAGUAAUUGUAAUUACAGGUUUGGGGCAUUUCAAAGAAUGCUGGGAAAUUACGCCCUCGAAUAUGGUAUGAGUGGCCCUUGUUCUCGGAAAACAAGGCACCAAGUGAUGAUGAUGUUGCUCUUGCAGCUUUGUGAGAUGAACAGGCGUUUGUUUAUGGGCGGGAAGGAAAGGAAGGGGGGGUUCGAAGAGGGAAAGGCAGCGGGGAUUCUCUUUUUUUUCUCUUCUUGUAUUUUUUAUCUAGUCCCUUUUUUUGACAUUUCUCAUCUUGAGGGGGAGGAAAAUGAUGAGCGAUGAUGAUUUUUCUUGUCUUUUUUUUGUUCUUGGUUUUGAACCGUGUUCCUUGCCAUGUGGCAAAUAUGACAUGGCAAUCAAAUUGUACAGAGUUGUGAACAAGAAAGAAAACAAACACCCGGUGUUUUGUAUCUGAAUUGGGGUGGAAUUGCACUGCUACGUACUCCUACUAUAUACAUAGGAGUGACCAGUCACCUUUUUACCUGGAGUUUGUCACACAUCACCUAGAAGAGGUGUUAGAUGAAAUGAAGACAAAACCCGAUCAACGAGCACCUGAAAUUACCUGAUCGUGUGUGUGUACCCGAGGUAUGUUGGUCAGAGUCUUAAGAGUAAGAACGCGUUUACUCA